CGUUUCCUGGCGGUUUUGACUUUAAACUUUUUUCGCUUUCGUUCUUUCUUUUUCUUUCUUUUCUUUUCUUUUCCACGGGAGCGCCGUGGUGAAGGGGUUGGAGUCUUGGAGAGACAGAAGAAACCGAAGCGAAAGCUUGCCUUGCCUUAACUUGCUUGCUGCUUCGCUGGGCGCUGGACUCCUGGACUCCUGGCCUCUGGCCUCUGGGCUCUCCAGAGCCCAGAGGCAUAGUUACAUCCCGAUCUGAGUUCAUGUGCGAGAUCUCAGAUCCCAUCCCCCAAAACUCCCCCAUCCCUCCCUCUUUCCCUUAAACUUUGCCUUUUUUCCUUUUGGUAUUUUUGUUUUGCGGGGAUCUGGAUGCAAACGAAUGUCUAUGCUACGAAGAAGGGGGGAGAAGAGGGGCGUGAGGGGGGAAAAAACGACCGAAAGGACGGAAAACAUGUCACGGCUCACCUCCACCUCCACCUCCGUCCGUCUCGACUCUCUCGACGACGCACGCUCGCUCGCGAACCCGCAGCGAACCCGAGCUGGGUGCCUACAUACCUCAUACAUCACAUCAUGCGGUGCGGGGCGGGGCGGGGCGAGAUCACGGUCGUGGGAAAAAAAGAAGGAUGGAAGCAGAACAACGCAAAGCAGAGCAAAGCAAAGCAGAGCAAAGCAAAGCAAUCGGUAUCGAUCGCGCACGGUCGGUCGGUCACCCCCCCUCCCCCGCGGAGGUCGGUUAGAUGCGGAGGGGGGAAACAAAGUUUCGUUUGCAUUUCUCCCCGCCCCAAAAUUCCCCCGCGUGGUACGGUACAUACGGUAGGUAGGCAGAAGAAGGAACAUCUCGGCACUCCGGGCAGGCAGGUAGAUACCUACGGUACCCAGUCUACAGCCUACAGGUCUCACGAGGUCUGGUGGAGAUGCGGGAUCUGGCGAUUGUUUCGGGUUUUAUUUGUGGGCAGAUGUUUUUGUUUUGUUUUCUUUUUCUUUUUGGGUUUGGGGGGUUCUUUAGUGACUAUGUACUAGUAGAUACCAGUAGUGCUGAAUGGCAGUCAGUGGAAGUGGUGGUUUUCCGACAAGGUAUGACACCUAGUAUGAUGGCAAGCAAGCAGCGAGCGCGGAAAAACAUUGCUGCGGGCUGCCCGGACUGCCCGAUGUCAUCUGGCCCCUGGGAGACCUCUGUAGAUAUAAAGUAUAGGCCGAGAUUCUCCCGAGAAGUCAGGGAACGACGGAUAGAACGG